UUCCCGGCCUUGUGUAGCAAAAUGGUCGACAGAUCCCUAGUGAGUGUAUGACGUUCUCUUCCCCGACGUGUUGUGUUGGUUGUCUCGUUCGUUUUUAACGAAAAAUCUCCACUCUGUACCAUUUGUUUAUUUUUGUGUUGACAUAAGUUCGACAGUGAUUUCUGUGUUUUGUGUUUGUCGUACAGAAUUUUUAUCAUUUUGGAGUACAAGAAUUUUCGGAGUUUGUCAUUCACGUAUGGAAAAAAGACGACUCAAAAGGAGGAUGGCCUGUGACUCGUGAAACUAGGUUGCUUGAGUGGGCCUGAAAAAACAGUGAAUACCGGUAGCUGCAGUAAUGCCAACUUAUCACAAUGCGAGUGGUGGUUACCCAAAUGUAUCAGCGCCAACUCGGCAGGGGAAGGUUGAUGGAAACCAAAAUCAUCAUACAAUAUCAUCGAACGUAACGGCCCAUUCCAUAAUACAAAACGCAAUUCAGUCGUUGCAGUCGAUUCAAUCAAUGCACUCCACCAUUCCCUCGAUACCCACAAAUAACUUGACUGGAUCCAACAAUAUGCUGCCACAUCCAGUUUCACCGAUUAUGACAACCCAUUCGCCUGUCACAUCGCAGAAUGUACAAACCCAUAUGAGUCCUGUUACUUCACCAGUUAUUUUAACACCAAAUGCCGUACCCAAUUCAAGUAACUUAACAGCAUUGUCGGCUAGUACGAGACACGAAGUUAAACUUAAUGCUAUGCCAUGGUUUCAUGGGAAAAUUUCACGAGAAACAGCAGAAAGACUUCUACGACCUCGUGAGGACGGUCUGUUUCUAGUCAGAGAAUCGACGAAUUUCCCAGGCGAUUACACGCUGUGCGUGUGUUUCCAGGGAAGAGUCCAGCAUUACCGAGUAAAAUACAAAAACAAUCAAUUAACAAUUGACGACGAAGAGUUCUUUGAGAAUCUGGCACUACUUGUGGAGCAUUACGAGCAAGAUGCAGACGGUUUAUGCACACAAUUAACUAAAUCCCUGCCAAAACAGGGGAAGCAGGAUUUUUGCGUCGAUCCUAAGGCGUUUAUCGAGGCCGGAUGGGUCAUACAAACGCAUGAACUUGAGUUACGUGAGUGCAUAGGCAAGGGCGAGUUUGGGGAUGUUUUACUCGGAGUUUAUCGGGGUGAACGUGUAGCAGUUAAAAUGUUGAAGGACAAUAGUGAAGCAGCACAAAGGUUUCUCGCCGAAGCAAGUUUAAUGACAUCACUCAUACAUGACAAUCUGGUUAAAUUACUCGGCCUUGUAUUUAAUAAUCAACAUAUGUACCUGGUUACUGAAUACAUGAGCAAAGGAUCGCUCGUUGAUUAUUUAAGAUCAAGGGGAAGACUGCACGUUACCAAAAAGGAUCAGAUUAAUUUUACAUAUGAUACAUGUGCUGGAAUGGCCUAUUUAGAGUCUCGCCACGUCGUCCACCGUGAUCUCGCUGCUAGGAACGUUCUCGUAGCUGAAGACAACUCAGCAAAAGUAUCGGAUUUUGGUUUAGCACGAGAUGAAAAUUUUUCACUAGAUGGUGGCAAACUUCCUAUUAAGUGGACUGCUCCGGAGGCUCUAAAACAAAAUAAAUUUUCGAAUAAAUCCGACAUGUGGAGCUUUGGAAUUCUACUGUGGGAAAUUUAUUCCUUCGGCCGAGUACCUUACCCGAGAAUACCAUUGGCAGACGUCGUUAAGUGCGUGGAGAAAGGAUAUAAAAUGGAACCACCGGAUGGAUGUCCCUCUGAAGUUUAUGACAUAAUGAAACAGGCUUGGGAUUUACAACCGGAGAGGAGACCAUCGUUUCAUGAUAUUAAAGUUAAACUCGGUUUUCUGAAGGCUGAGUACACCAAAUAUGCAAAUUAAACAAAGCUACUUAUGCCAUGUGGGUUUUUUCUAUUAUGCAGAAGCGACAUAUGAGCACUUCGUCCUCUGGAAUAGUUUGAAUGAAGGGGAGAAUAUAUUAGAAAAUUUCAAUUUUCAAUGGCUUUACUAGGGUAAUCUGACCAAUGAGCAGAAGGUUCCAUCUUUUAUUAACGAUUUCAAUGAUGAUUUAGGUGAGAUUUGAAAGAUAUCUCACAUUUCCUUACUUUUAUAAUCAGGAUAUCGAAGUACUUUGAAUAUUUUUCUUUGGUUGAAAUCCUUUCCUAGAUUUUUAGAUAAACAUUGGAGCUUACAUUUAAGCCUCAUUUGACCUCAGUUAUUAUAUGAGCAUGUUGCAAUGACUUUAUUAUUAAAAUAUUGAAGGUCAAAAUUUGAUUUUUCGUUAUGAAUAUUUGGAAAAUAUUUUUAAAAUCUAGAAAAAAUUGAAAGUUGAAGUUUGGAGGAAUAUUUAUGGAACAAUGAAUUUUUUUUUCUAAUUUUCUCACGCAAUUUCAUUGAUAAAUUUCGUACUAAAAUGUAAAGGGUUCUUGAAUAUCUUCAACUUUUAUAUUUUUCAAUUAUAGCUUUAGUUUAAUAUCUAAUCCAUCUAAUUUAAAUCUUCCAAAGAACGCGAAAUUUUACUGAACCAUCUAUUUAUAGGUCAGAUUAAUCGGUUCUUUAGGAAAAACUGAGGCAAAAAUUUACCGCAAAAUUCUCACGGACGUGCUUUCGUUUAUCGUAUUCAUUAUCAAUUUAGUCUGGUAAUUCGAGAAUCGUCCGUCACAUUGUUUUCUCUUUUCAUUCAUUCAUAAUAUCCAACAACCAUGUUACCUAUGUCGAUUGUGCCUUUGUUCACGUAGAUAUUUUUUUAUCAGAAUGAAUAUUCAAAACUCGUACUUUACCAAAUUUGAUGAAAACCCCACAAGACUGGUGACUCAAUUGUUCGAAAAUUUUCAUUAACAUGUGUUAACAAUUUUUGAAAAUAAUAGAAAUAAGAAUGAUAACACGGUAUUAAAUUAACAAAUUUUUACAAGACAAAAUUUUGAAUUUUUAAAAGGAUAUAUCAUCACACAAGACUGUUUCAAAAUUAUGGUUUUAUGUAGUUUCUAUGGUCUAUUGCAUGGAUAUGUUUUGAUGGUAACUUGUCGUCACGAUGUGGUUAUUCCUAGAGCACAAACUACAAUCCUUCAAAUCUAUGCACAAAAAAAUCAAUUUUAAUCACUUAAAAGACAAACAAAUUGAUAAGUAGUGUAGUCUCAUGCUCAAAAGUCGUACGUUUUUAUUUUAUAAUUUCAUUCAUUACUUCACGUAGAUCUGCUGCUUCAGCCGAAAUCGGUAUGAAGUAGAAACGAAAAGAAAUUAAUACUGUAAGUUUCAUUUUUUUUAUCAAAGAAUAUACAAUAGUUAAAUUUUUAAGCGUUACUAAAAUUCAAUUGGUGGAGUAAUUAAGAUACAGAAGAACUCCCAUUGAUCCCGAGGUAUUUGUCAUAAUUAUCAACAGUGUAUAUUGAAAUGUAAAUAAUUUUGUACAUAAUUAUAAUUUUAAAUCCGGAAUUAGUGAAAUUCCAGGAGAGGGAAGUGAAAGAAAAACGUUAAAAAGUGAUUAGAGAUUUAAAACAAAUGUUCAUAUACUCGUUUAAAGUUCUAAAGCUACCUAUAAUGCAUUUUAUGCGAUAGUAAACGAUUGAAAGAAGAUGAGAAAACAGUUCUGCGGUCGCUUUGGGUAUUUGCCAGCCCAAAGAUACCAAAUAGAAGUGAUCGAAAACUGCUUUCAGUUUUUGAUGACAGAUUGAAAUUUCCUUGAACCCUUUUGUUUUUUCAUUAGAUGAGAGUAAAAAUAUUAAUGUCAUUGUGCAGCUAUGGUUCAAGAUGCUUAAUAUACCAACGAGAUAUUUUGUUCAAACUUCAGUCCACUGAACUUUUAACAAAAGAAAUGAAUAAAAAAAAGUAACUGUGACUCUGUGUUGCCAUUGUGGUUUGGAUUUAAAGGUAGAUGUAGAUGAACGUGUACAUUUAUACUUUGAUAUCAAAUAUUCACUGACAAUGAUAAUAUUUAUCAAAAAAAAAUUGUGCUUAGAAAAUCGUCGAGCAUUUUUUUUUCUCCCACGCAAUGAAGAAUAUUUGUAUUCAUAUUAGUGAUAUUAUUUCAUGACAAAACUUUGUUCGAAAACUCGAAAUUUAAUAGUGUAACACAGAGUCAGAAUUUUUUAUAUAUUGAAAGAGGAAGAUAUUUAUUUUGGUAUUUAAAGCGCGACGAGUAACAUGUUCCCAACUGCGUUGUUUUAAAGCGUAGUGAUGAGAGAGAAAAUUUCCAUUUCAAUCUUCAAUUGUAAUCCUGAAUCCAUUAGAUCUUAAGAAAUUUAAUAUAUAUUAAAAUCGAAUACGCAAAUAUAUAAUUGAAUUGAAGCAA